UCUCGCUCGGCCGGACACCCACGUGGAGGAGACAGUUAGUGGCAGCUCCCGUUUACUGGGCUUGGCAAGACCCGUAUUCCGGUGUCUGUGAACGGGGAAGCCGUUUGUCAUCAUGGCGCAGCUUCUGGAGGCCUUACUAACAAGUCUCCUGCAGCCGGACAACGCUGUUAUCCAGCAGGCCACUGCUCAGUUAAAAGAAGCUGUCAAGGAUCCAUCGAUUAUCCCAGCACUAUGUGAUGUACUGCGAGGUGCACAAGACCCACAGAUUCGUCAGUUUUCAGCAGUAUUAUUACGUAGACGUUUAAUUAAAAGAUGGAAGAUAAUGCCUGUAGAUCAGCAAGAAAGUGUGAAAACCCUUCUGCUUGAAGCCAUUCCAAAAGAACCAGAGCACAAAGUUCGCUAUGCUAUCGCACAGCUUUCGGCAGUCAUUCUGAGAAAUGAGAAGUUGGAUCGCUGGCCGCAGUUUAUCCAGUUUGUGCUGCAGGCGUCUCGCAGUACCGUACCAGAACAGAGACAGGUUGGCCUCCUGGUUCUGUUCUGUGCUCUAGAUCUCUCUGCUAAAAUCUUCCGGCCCCACGUCCCAGAUUUAGUUAAACUGUUUAACCAAACUCUUGCUGAUCUACAGAAUGGACCUUUGUUGUUCUACACUAUUCAGUCUAUCACAAGUAUAGUGCCUGUGCUGGUUGGUAAUGAAACUAACUUACUGAGGUCUUUGAUCCCGAAGUUGGUAACAGCAAUCAAACAGUUGAUUCUGAUUAAUGAGGUCCAGGCCUGUGAAGCAAUGGAAGUCUUUGAAGAACUAAUGGAAAGUGAAGUGUCAGUCAUUGUUCACUAUCUAUCAGAGGUUAUCCACUUCUGUCUUGAGAUUGCCAUAAACACAUCACUGUCUGACAACCUCCGGGUGAAGUCUCUUUACUGUAUUCGCUUCCUCAUCAAGCUGAAGAGCAAAUCCAUCUUGAAGCAAAAGCUGCUGCCUCAGAUUCUCAAUGCAAUUUUCCCCAUCAUGUGUGCUGAGCCACCUCCUGGGCAGUUGGACCCAGAAGAUGAAGAGGAUGAUGAUGAUGAGUUGUUGGAAGAAGCAGCAGAGAUACAGUUACCCAAACACUAUGCAGUUCAGGUGAUUGAUAUAUUGGCACUUCACCUACCGCCUGAGAAAUUGUUUACUCAACUGACUCCACUCAUGGAGCCAUGUCUUCUUAGUUCCAAUCCCUAUGAGCGUAAAGCUGGUCUGAUGUGUCUUGCGGCAAUGAGCGAGGGCUGUGCAGAUCACAUCCGGAACAAACAUCUUCAGUCUAUGCUACAGUUGGUUUGUCAGGCUAUCAGAGAUGAAAAUCAUGUAGUCAGGAAUGCAGCAUUGUAUGCCUUGGGACAGUUUUCUGAACAUUUACAGCCUGAUAUCAGUGGUUAUUCAGAUUCUGUCCUUCCGUUGCUGUUGGAAUAUUUGUCACGUGUGGAUCCAUCUCAUACGGCUCACCUCACCAAGGCAUACUAUGCUCUUGAAAACUUUGUGGAAAACCUUGGUAGUAAGAUUAAGCCUUACCUCCCCACCUUGAUGGAGCGGAUACUGAGGUCUCUGAGCAGUUCAGACAAUAUCAGAUUGAAGGAACUUUCAGUGAGUGCUCUGGGUGCCAUCGCCAAUGGAGCAGAAAUGCUGCUCUGCCCAUAUUUCCCUUCUAUAAUGGAGGUAUUGAAAGUGCAUUUGGUACAGACAACAGAAGAAGGAAGACCUGUUCAGAUUCAGUGUUUAGAAACCCUUGGGGUUCUGGUGUACACUCUAGGUAAAGAGACCUUCCUUCCCUUGACAGAAGACUGUUGCCUCCUGGGACUACAAUUAUGUGAUAGAAUUGAUGACCCAACUAUAAGAAGCUGUGCCUAUAGUCUGUUUGCUGCUCUUUCUGGAGUUAUGGAAAAUAAUAUUUCUCAUCAUCUGGAAAAUAUUACAACUAUGAUGCUGCUGUCUCUAAAGUCGAGGGAAGGAAUAGUGAUCCAGUAUAAUGAGAAUCGCACCUUCAAGUUGUUUGAUGAUGAAACAGAUGAAGAUGUUGCCAUUAAUGAAGAAGAUGAAGAAGAGGAAGAUCCAGACAUUGAAGGAUUUAUUGUGCAGAAUGCAUUUGUUGAUGAAAAAGAAGAGGCAUGCUCUGCUCUCGGGGUGAUAUCGUUACAUGCCAGCUCUUCAUUUUUCCCUUAUCUUGACUCAUGCUUCCAGGAAGUUUUUAAACACAUUGAGUCACCACAUAACACUGUCCGGAAAUCGGCAUAUGAAGCUGUAGGAAAAUUUGUGCGCUCAAUGCACCUUGUAUGCCAGAAGAACCCUAAUGAGCACAGUGCCAAAGUUUUACUUCAGCUUUUGGAAAUUGUUAUCCCUGCCUACCUGCAGGGUGCGGUGCAAGAUAAGGAACGUGAAGUGGUAAUGACCAUCCUAGAGUCUUUAAACAAUGUACUAAAAGAUGUGAAGGAACCUUGCGUGGGUGGACCUGAGCAGCUUGGAAGAAUAUGUGAUGUCAUCAAAUUAGUGCUACAGAGCAAGACUGCAUGUCAGGAUGAGGCUGAAGAUAACGAGGAUGACCAACAGGCAGAGAUGGAUGCGAUGUUGAUGGAAUAUGCAGGAGAGGGAAUUCCCUUGGUUGCUGCUGCAGUUGGUGGUGUGACAUUUGCGCCAUACUUUGCAGGUUUUCUUCCACUGCUCCUCAAUAAAACGAAGUCCAGUUGCACUCCUGCGGAGAAAUCCUUUGCAGUAGGCACCCUCGCAGAAUCAAUAGUUAGCCUUGGAGAGGCAUCUGCUCAGUUUGUGGCACAUUUGCUUCCUGCUCUCUUCAAUGGGGCUCGAGAUGAAGAUAAUGAAGUUCGUAGUAACGCAGUGUUUGGCCUUGGGGUCCUUGCAGAACAUGGAGGUGCAGCCAUACUUAAAAAUUUCCCAAAGCUACUUUCUGUAUUCUCCUCUAUAAUCAGCUCUGAGAAAAAUCCUCGAACUCUGGACAAUGUGUGUGGGGCAGUAAGUCGUAUGAUACUUAGACAUCCAGAAGGUGUUCCUGUGGAACAGGUAUUUCCAGUAUUGCUUCGUUCAAUGCCACUGAAAGAAGAUUUUGAGGAGAACUCUACAGUAUUUAAAUGCAUUGCAUUUCUGUAUGAGAAGAACCCUUCACAGGUUGCUGCACACAUUAAUGAUAUUGCUAGAGUAUGUGGGCAUGUCUUGGGAACAAAGGAAAUUACACCAGACACAGAGCAGACCGUAGUUAUUCUGUUGAGAAAUCUGGCCCAGCGUUUCCCCCAGGAAUUACAGAGUGCUGUGAUGUCUCUUCCUGAAGAAAUGUCUUCCAAGCUUCGUGCCGCUCUUGGCUUACCGUGAGGAGCAUGUUUCAGAGGACUGGAUAGGAUGGUUUUCACUUAUGUUCAAGUUGCAGUUGAUAGUUCCAGUUUACACCUUGGAUCCAGAUGACUUUAGAUCACCUACUCAUCAGAACUUUUUGUGGACAAAAGCAAGUAUUAAGGUUCUGUACAUCAUCAGAGGUCUAAGUGGAAUGUGUUUUUGCCAAAAAGUUCUGCUUUGCUGUUCAAACCAAAGCAAUAAAAUGAAACGUUUUGUUCAGAC